AUGUUAGUUUGGGAAUGGCGACGGAAAUGGCGACAAUAUAUUCGUAAUAGGCGACCACCAUCACGUUUAACAUAUCAACAGUUGACAAAGAGGUAUACAAGAGUGUCAUUCGUUCUUUUCGUUGUAGGAUGGCAUGCCAUUGGUUUUGUAAUAUGGAAAAAAGUAGAGAAAUUGAAGAAAGAUGAUCCGCAAGAAAAAGGUUUACUAAGUGAAAUAUCCCAAAAAGGUUUCAUGGACUUCACAGAAGAGGAAAAAGAGGAUAUUGAUUUUGAAAAUAGUGAUAAAUGA